GUGGAAACGUAGGUGGAGUGCAGAGGUGUGCGGUGCUGAUGCUGCGGCUCAGAUAAACUGGAUACAGUGGAGAUUUGUGCGCCAGACUAUAGGGAAAUAAAGUUUCAACGUCUGUAUUUUGAUUUCAUUUCUCGGCUAAAAUAUUGAACUUGAAACGGCAAGUGUGAAUUGGUUGGGGCUACAGGUAACGUUAACGCAAAAUCCAACACGCUCGAGGAGUUGAGGAGGAGCCGCUGCUAGCUGGCCAAAUCGACGUUGAUCAACAAUGCCCAUCCCAGCUUGAUGUUUUGCAUUGGCUUUGCGCUUUAUUUUCGCUGGUUGUAAAAGUUUCUGUGGUCAUUUUUACUUGGACUGGCAGAUAUGGCGGAUGCAUCUGAAUGCUGCGUAAAAGUAAUGUGCCGAUUCAGACCACUGAACGCCGCGGAAAUAUCAAGAGGGGAUAAAUACAUUCCUAAAUUCAAAGGGGAAGACACGGUUGUCGUAUCGGGCAAACCAUACAUCUUUGACAGAGUCCUGCCGCCAACCACAGAACAGGUGGAAGUGUACGAGAACUGCGCCAAACAGAUAGUCAAGGAUGUGCUUGGGGGUUACAAUGGCACCAUAUUCGCCUACGGCCAAACAUCAUCAGGAAAGACCCACACUAUGGAGGGCAAACUGCACGACCCUGAGGUCAUGGGUAUUAUCCCUCGUAUCGCUCAGGACAUAUUUGACCACAUCUACUCCAUGGAUGAGAACCUGGAGUUCCACAUUAAGGUGUCCUAUUUUGAGAUCUACCUUGACAAAAUUCGAGAUCUUCUGGAUGUGUCCAAGAUCAACCUGGCUGUACAUGAAGACAAAUUCAGGGUGCCCUAUGUGAAGGGCUGCACAGAGCGCUUUGUUUCCAGUCCAGAGGAGGUGAUGGAUGUCAUCGAUGAGGGAAAAUCCAACCGCCACGUCGCCGUUACAAACAUGAAUGAGCACAGCUCCCGCAGUCACAGCAUCUUCCAGAUCAACAUCAAGCAGGAGAACGUGGAGACAGAGAAGAAGCUGUCGGGCAAGCUCUAUCUGGUGGAUCUGGCUGGCAGUGAAAAGGUCAGUAAAACUGGGGCAGAGGGAUCCGUGCUGGAUGAGGCUAAAAAUAUCAAUAAGUCCCUCUCCGCUCUGGGGAACGUCAUCGCCGCUCUGGCUGAGGGGAACAAAACCCAUGUGCCGUACCGAGACAGCAAGAUGACCAGGAUCCUGCAGGACUCUUUGGGCGGAAACUGCAGAACCACCAUCAUAAUCUGCUGCUCCCCCUCCGUCUACAAUGAAGCCGAAACCAAGUCCACACUCAUGUUUGGACAGAGAGCGAAGACCAUCAAGAACACAGUGUCUGUGAACAUGGAGCUGACGGCAGAGGAGUGGAAGAAGAAGUACGAGAAGGAGAAAGAGAAGAACAGAGGACUAAAGAUUGUCAACCAGCGCCUGGAGAACGAGCUGAAACGCUGGAGGAAAGGAGAGGCUGUCCCUGUGGAGGAACAGACCGUUCCCAAAGAGCAGAAGAAUGCCGAGGCUACUCCCAUGAUCGAGUCGACUGCCCCGCCCCCUCUCCCCCUCUCUGACCAGGAGAAGACCCAGUACGAGGAGCUCAUCAACGACCUCUACCAACAGCUGGAUGACAAGGACGAUGAAAUCAACCAGCAGAGUCAACUGGCAGAGGAGUUCAAACAACAGAUGGCUGAGCAGGAUGAGCUCCUGGCGUCGACGCGGAGGGACUACGAGAAGACCCAGGAGGACCUGUCGCGUCUGCAGCGGGACCACGAGGCAUCCAAGGAGGAGGUGAAGGAGGUGCUGCAGGCCCUGGAAGAGCUGGCCGUCAACUACGACCAGAAGAGCCACCAGGCCGAGGAGCGUGGACGCUCCAACGAGCAGCUCAGCGAGGAGGUCAACCAGAAAACUGCAUCUCUGCUGGUGGUGGAGAGGGAGCUGGCCCAGGUGCAGGAAAUGAGUAGUCAUCAGAAGAAGCGGGCGGCAGAGAUCGUCAACCUGCUGCUGCGAGACCUCAGUGACAUCGGCAGCGUGAUCGGCACCAGUGACCUCAAGGCUAUGGCCGAGGCGAAUGGAGUCAUAGAGGAGGAGUUCACCAUGGCCCGUCUCUACAUCAGCAAGAUGAAGUCGGAGGUGAAGUCUCUGGUCAACCGGAGCAAGCAGCUGGAGAGCACUCAGGCCGACACCAGCCGCAAGAUGCAGGCCAAUGAGAAGGAGCUGGCCUCCUGUCAGCUCCUCGUCUCCCAGCUUCAGGCCAAGAUCAAGUCUCUGACAGACUACAUGCAAAACAUGGAGCAUAAGAAAAGACAGCUGGAGGAGGGCCAAGACUCUCUGAUGGAAGAACUUGCCAAGUUACAAGCACAAGAGAAAGUGCAUGAAGUGUCUGUGAUGGAUAAAGAGAAAGAGCACAUGAGCAGGCUACAGGAUGCUGAGGAGAUUAAGAAAACCCUUGAGGAACAGAUGGAGAACCACCGAGAGGUCCACCAGAAGCACCUGUCGCGUCUGCGAGACGAGAUCGACCACAAGCAGAAGAUCCUGGAUGAGCUCAGAGAUCUGAAUGAGGCCCUGCAGCUGGAGCGGGCGAAGCUGUUGUCGGACUAUGAGAAGCUGAAGCAGCAAGAACAGGAGAAGGAUGAGAAACUGCAGAACCUCAUCUUGCUCAAUGAGAAAAGGGAGCUGGCCAAGGAGGAUCUCAAGGGCCUUGAGGAGACUGUGGCUAAAGAACUUCAAACACUCCAUAAUCUACGAAAGCUCUUCAUUGAUGAUCUCAAUACUCGUGUGAAUAGAAAUGUUGAGCUGGAAUGUGAUGAAGCUGGUGGCAGUCUGGCCCAGAAACAGAAGAUCAUCUUCCUGGAGAACAAUCUGGAACAGCUCACCAAAGUUCACAAACAGCUGGUGCGUGAUAAUGCAGACCUGCGCUGUGAGCUGCCCAAGCUGGAGAAGCGCCUACGGGCCACUGUGGAGAGGGUGAAGGCCCUGGAGACUGCUCUGCGCGACGCCAAGGAGAGUGCCAUGCGUGACCGCAAGCGCUACCAACAGGAGGUGGACCGCAUCAAAGAAGUUGUCCGCAACAAGAACAUCGCUAGAAGGGGACACUCCGCACAAAUUGCUAAGCCCAUCAGGGCAGGCCACAGCCACCACCAGAGCCAGGGCGGCUCCCCCAGUAUGGGUCAAGGCAUCAGAGGAGGAGCAUCCAGCCGGCACCACCACAGCAGCCCACAGCACCACCUCCACCAUCAACAGUCACCGCAGCACCAUCACCAUGCACAGCAGCAGCAGCAACACCACCACCAUGCUCAACAGCACCAUCACCAUAAACAACAACAACAUCCACAGCAACAGCAGAGGCAGCAGCAGCAGCAUCACUAAGCCAAAUAAAAGGUGAAAAUAUAAAGAAUGGACGGGCCAGCAACCCAUCACAUUCAUCAUGUUCAUCAACAGGAUUAUUGCUCCUUCCCAACUGCCUUUUUGUAAAAAGGAACAUUAUAACCGGUAAAACUCCAGACUGAUGCGUUUCCUGCUUUUUGUUUUCUCAGUAUUUCUCAAGUCUGAUUGGAGCUAGUUACUUCAACACACACAACUCAACUUAAUAGAGGGCCCUAAUAGAUCUUUCCUUUUCAAUUCAUGUCCAUGCAGAGAGACACACACAGGCACACGCACAUACACACACACACACACACACACACACACACACACACACACACA